ACAUACGUUUUUGAGCUUACUACUGACAUAUUUGCAGACAGGCAGGCAGCAGAGACAGGAUGAGUCUGAGCAGAAGACCACCUCUCACAUAAUACAAUGGAAAUGUGGCUGAGACAGACAACUCUGGUGUUCCUCACAGUAGCUGUAGCAGCCACGAGGAUAUCAGGUCAAGCUUCUGUGAAUCUGGAUGGGAAACAAAAAAGAGUGGAAGUUCCUUUUGGUUCCCCUCUGGAUUUGAACUGCAGUUUGGAUACAAGCGGAUUUGACAGAUUCCGGGUAUUUUGGUAUUUUUACCCUUUGGGAUCUUCAUCGAAUGAAAAAGGAAAUAUUUCUGUCAAGAUCAUUGACAAAUUUGCAAACUCCACCAUGGUGUCUAAACAGAAGGGUGAUGGCCAAGACCUGUUGUUGAGUCACACUUCAAGUGCUACAAAAAACCACAGCGGAUGGUACUAUUGCGAAGUUACAGAGGAGAUUCCUUUCAAUAAACACUUGACCAGCAAUAAAACAGAAGUAAUUAUAACGAAGAUUGGGGAACCUACAACGUACCCGUCAAUACCCAUAGUUACGGAUAAACAAGCAUUUCCAGAAGACGAAGACAAAUUGUGGCCGUGGAUCUUGUUGGGGGUGUCUGCUUUCAUCCUGAUCGUCCUGGUGAUCCUUUGUGUCUUGUUGAGAAGAAGAUGUUGCAGAAGCAGAGACGCAGAAGAUCCAAUCUAUGCAAACACUCGUCCUUUGGCCAACAAGCAGCCCUCUCCUCGUCCAGGGAUGCCGGUGGAUAACCUGAAAGCCUCCAGUCAGAACCUCCGGAACCCGAGUCCCGGCAAGAGAUACGAUGAAGGCAAACGGAGACAUAAAUAAUGAAGAAGUCAGAGACCUCACAAAGACUCAACUCCAACAAUUGUGACAAUUCUCACUGCACUGGAAUUGAAUGUAUUGUUGAAUAUUGUGUUUUUUUAUUCUAGUUUAUGUAUUUUAGCUUUACUGAAAACUGAAUUUAAAAAAAAAAUCUUAUUCUUUUUCUUAUGUUAUGUGUUUCUUCUUGGGCAUUUCUUGUAAAAUAGCUUUUAUCAGCCACUAGAUGGCAGGUGGUGGACGCUGUCAGUGGAUAAAUUAAAAUUCUCUUUUUUCUUUACUGUAGGAUAUAACACCUGAUCAUAUGUAAACAUGUUGGCAGCAGUUGUGUUGUAGCAAUUAAGAAAAAAUGGCAAAUAGCUAUUUCUAAUAUGAAUUAUGUAAUUAUGGGACUUAAAAAGUUUUUUUUUUUAAUCAACCGUUCUUGUUGUUAGAGUUUAUAUAAAAUCACAAGGUACUGUUUUUUUCCUUCUGUACAGUUUGUAAUAAUCCUGAUUGUUAGUAGGCUAUACAACAUUGAUAGGUUGCUAUAUUGUCACAAUAUCACAAGUUCAUUUUGAAUAUCAACGUGGGCUGAACACACGUCAAAAUAAAAGAAAUAAGAACAAAAGUGG